AUGCAGACCGUCCCCAGUCUCGUCGGGACCGGCACUGCUAUUGCGGCAGCGGCCAGCGGUCUGGUGUUCGGCCAGCCUCCCCCCACCUCGAACACCACCAACGCCACCACCGAAGACAGCCCUGCGAGGACUCUGCGCAGAUCGCACCAGCGAACCAUAUCUGUCGAUCGCGCAUUCGAGGCGAACCACCGUCCAACGAGUAUCCUUUACUCUCGUCCCCUCACGACGUCCGCGGCGAUUGUCGACGAGCACUCGCACCACCGCGCCGUCUCGCAUCCGCCGGGCGAGCUUUCGCCGUCCGCGCCCUCAGUUGGCCCGCGAGAUUCCGUCUCGUCCAAUGGCUCGUGGAUGAGGCGGCUGUCCAUCCGACCUCUGUCCCAGAACAACAGUCCCAGGUCCAGCCUUAUCGCUGAUUCCACAUCGGUCGCCUUCUCGCACAACUCGGCGGCUCCGAUACUUUUCCGUCCCAGCCCAGCGGCGCUACCUUUGCCUCCCAAUAAGCUCGUCAAGCGGACCUCGAAUACGCAGACCGGCAGCAGCUCGGGCGAAGUCUCUCCGCGCUGGCGACCCAGAGGACAUUUUCCGAGCCUCCGUCGACCAGCCACCAGCCACCAAAGGUCCGCCACUCUUCAGCAGUUCCGUGCCGACAUUGAUGUGGCAGGCUCGACCGCUCAUCCCAAAUACUCUUUUGAGCGGCCAAUUGGGCCGGAAGAGCUGCUGGGCGCCUCACCCUUCGACGAGCAGGUCUUUCCAGGGUCUCAAUCGGAAUCUGGAUGGGCAUCUUUUUUCCACUCGAGAACAACACGCAUUGCCGCGAGUGCUAGUCUUCAGGGCCGCCUCGGCGAUGCGACCCCCCCUCUGCGGGACCUAGCUCUAAAAAGAAUCAGCCCUCAAGGUGGUAAUCGGGAGAAUAGGGUGCAUUUAGUCAAGCCAAGAAUGCUUCCCGCACCCUUGGCGUCGAUUGGCGUCUCUUUGGCCGCCCCUGCGGAAAUCCAGGAGACGUCCGACCAGUCGUCCAGCCAGGCUUUUGGGGUUUUGACCCUCCCUCCCGAACCCGCCCCGCCCACGCGGACGAGACGGUCGCUGUCCGAAAGCCUCUCGUCGGCGACUAAUUGGGUCUCCAAACGAUCAGGCAGCCUCCGUCGGCCAAAGAGGGGACUUGACCCGUCCGACGGCGCCAGUCGGCGCCACGUCUCGGAACCGACAGAACUCAGCACCUCACACUCACCUGUGGACCAGCAGGAGAAAACAUCACCAUCCGAGCCAUCGACCAAAACCUCGGCCCCUCCAAAGGCGCUGCAAGAGCCUGUGCUCAUCGAUUCGGCCAUGACAGUUCGUCGCCAGGUUCCCAUCCACCACCGAAAUCGAUCAUCUCCACCUCUUGGCCAUUCCAUCGUCGUCUCGACUAGCUCCACCGCCUUGUCGCAAUUCGCCAGGGGGUCACACUAUGAGAGGUCUUUCGUCAUGGAAAGCUCCGACGGUGAUGCUCGGGGAUUUACGUCUGGGGAUGACGAUGACUUCGAUUUCAAGAGCGAUACAAUGUUUGACUCCCUGCGAACGCUAUCGUCUUGUCGCGCAAGGGCAGUGGAAACGCCUCUCGAGUCUGUAUACGACGAGUCUCCCCCAAGCACUGCUGGGAACAAAAUCAUGGAGGAGGACGAUGAGAGCACAUCAACGCCGGUUCGAGCGGCUCAAUACGCCGGGGCCAAGUCGUCCCCAAGCCAUCGUGGAUUGGUCAUCGUCGAGCCUCAUUCUAGCUCCGAGUCACCACAUGACGACGUCGCACGCAUGACCGAAAACCUGGAGCGCUGUUCUUUGGAUGGCUUCGAUGACGACGAAGACUGGACAAGGGAUGAUGACAAGCCGUUCAGCAGCCCCCUGUCCCCUCCUUCCCAGGGCAACAGCUCUCUUGGUUCGAAGGGCAUGAACCCCAACGUUCGACUUGCACUGGCCAGCAUUGAGGGGGAGACUCUGCCGCGAAUGGGUGACCAUGACCACCGUAUCGAGCGCCCUUUGAGCAACCUAUUCGAGUGGAGCGAGACGUCCAUACACGACAAGCACGAGGGCGGCGGGAUCUCUAUGCGGCCGAGGACAGCCUAUGCCAUGCCGGAGAUGGACUCUAGGGGAGGCCGCUCGGCUAUACGCAGGGGACCAACACCGACACACGUGCGAAGCCAAAGUGUUCCCAUCGUCAACGAUUCCGUCGCCAUUGCAAAACCACCGGGACCAAAAUAUGGUACCUGGGGGAUGGGCGCCAAGACCGUCUCCGAGGAUUGGGAUGAGGACUUUGAGUUCGGCGUUGGCGGGGGGGACUGCAACGGCGAAGCUGCUGGCAAGAGUCAGGAAAAGGCCUUUGCCGUUCCCGAGUCUAUCCGUGCAACACAACCCAGUGUUCGCGCGCACUCGGGACAGAUCCGGGAAUUGUCUCUACUUGUCAACGACCUGAAACGCCUUUGCCGGCAUGGCCGGGAACUGAACAUGCUCAAUGGCGACCAAACAGGGUUGUGGAGAGAGGCAGAAGGAAUCAUUGCCCUCGCCUCGCCCGACGAAGACGAUGAGAAGGAAGACCACCAAUCCUCGGCACCCACUGGCCCCAGCUCUCGCGACGUCAAGGGCCUGCCGCUCGAGGAUAGCCCAGAGCCGGCCAUGCGGAAAACCGCAGUGGUGCGAGAGCGUCAGUCCCCGAGGCGACGGUCCGUGUUUUCCCCAGAAGACGACAUUUUUGGUGGCAAUUGGCCACUGGUGGAGCCGAAUGGUGCACAGUCGAGCCGCGUGAAGCCGCCCCGGACGCCAGACUAUCAAUCAAACCCGCCCAAUGACGUGAGCGGAGUGGUGCGAUCGGUCAUGGAGUCGAUGCGCCAACAUCACCGCUCUUCCACCGAGCCGCCGCGCGACUCCCGGCCGCAGGAGGGUAGCAAUGGCAGAGUGCAGUUUGACACCAACAGUCUGAAGGCUUUGGUCAAGAGAGCCGGAGAAUUGCGCGAUGUCCUGUCGGACGCGAUCCGCAGGGUCGACCAGAUAACGCAAAGCCCUGCGACAACACCGCGUCGCGAGCGCCGACUUGAAUCCAGCCCCGCGUUUACGCGAGUAUUCGAUGAUCCAGCGCCAAUGAGCCCACAGAUGCCGCUGAUGACGGUCGGCUAG